UUAUAUAAAAAUAUAAAAUUGAUCUAAUUGCGCAAUUUAGCUUAUUGAUCAAAGUAAAUAUAAAAACCUUAAUACAGAAGAUAAUAUUGUAGGCUGCAAACGAUUUUAUGAUUAAUCCCGCAGCAACACCGUCAUUCGAGUUGAACAACCCAUCCCCAUUGGACACCUUUCCUCCACUCAGCAUUGGCAGUCUCUAUUUGACCGUAGCGCAGCCAUGCUCCCAAACAGACGCUCAAAAUUGAAUUAAAAAAAAAAAAUAGAAAAAAAAGCCCAAAGAAUUCCCCAUCACGGCGUCACGUGCCAUUUUACUAGUGUUCGAUCAGGGCCCGACUCCAUUUUCAUCUUCUUAUCCGUCGCUGUCCGUCGCGUUGGGUAAAGCAAACUCCUCAACGUUCGCAUCCUCCAAAUCUUCAGCGUCUCAGCUUCGACUCCGUUUAGGAUUUAGUUGAAAAAAAAUGGCGAUGGGGGUUGUGGUUCGGCGCCUUUCUCGUGGAUCGACAACUUCGCAGACGGUCGUUUCAUUGCGUCAUGCGAGCUGGAGAUUGUAUUCUACGGCCUUCAGGGAAGAGCGAGACACUUUUGGACCCAUUCAUGUUCCCGCUGAUAAGUUGUGGGGUGCACAAACUCAAAGAUCAUUGCAAAAUUUUGAAAUUGGCGGCGAGCGUGAGCAGAUGCCUGAACCAAUCAUUCGUGCCUUUGGAAUUCUUAAGAAGUGCGCUGCCAAGGUGAACAUGGAGUAUGGGCUUGAUCCAUCCAUAGGGAAGGCUAUAAUGCAAGCUGCUCAAGAGGUGGCUGAAGGGAAGCUAAAUGAUCAUUUCCCACUUGUUGUAUGGCAGACUGGCAGCGGCACCCAGAGUAACAUGAAUGCAAAUGAGGUUAUUGCCAAUAGAGCUGCUGAGAUUCUUGGACAUAAGCGUGGGGAAAAGUUUGUACAUCCAAAUGACCAUGUGAACAGAUCACAGUCUUCUAAUGAUACCUUCCCAACUGUAAUGCACAUUGCAGCUGCAACAGAAAUAAAUUCAAGAUUAAUACCAAAUUUGAGAAAUUUGCACACUACACUGCUUUCAAAGUCUACUGAAUUCAAAGAUAUUGUCAAAAUUGGUCGCACACACACUCAAGAUGCAACACCUUUGACUCUCGGGCAAGAGUUUAGUGGCUAUACCACACAAGUGAAGUAUGGAAUUGAUCGGAUCAUGUGUACUCUUCCUCGCAUGUAUCAGCUUGCACAAGGUGGAACUGCUGUUGGAACUGGAUUGAACACAAAGAAGGGAUUUGAUGUCAAAAUAGCUGCAGCAGUGGCUGAGGAAACAACACUACCAUUUGUGACAGCCGAAAACAAGUUUGAAGCUUUGGCUGCUCAUGAUUCUUUUGUUGAAAGUAGUGGAGCCCUUAACACUGUGGCUACCUCUCUAAUGAAGAUUGCAAAUGACAUACGCUUAUUAGGAAGUGGUCCUCGAUGCGGCCUUGGUGAACUCAUACUUCCUGAAAAUGAACCAGGCAGCAGUAUUAUGCCAGGAAAGGUUAAUCCGACCCAGUGUGAGGCACUCACUAUGGUCUGUGCUCAGGUCAUGGGCAAUCAUGUGGCUAUUACAGUGGGUGGAUCGAAUGGCCAUUUUGAGUUAAAUGUGUUCAAACCUAUGAUUGCUAGUAAUCUCAUACAUUCUGUAAGAUUGCUUGGGGAUGCAUCUGCUUCCUUUGAAAAGAACUGUGUGAGGGGAAUUCAAGCUAAUAGGGAGAGAAUUUCAAAAUUACUUCAUGAGUCGCUAAUGCUUGUCACAUCGUUGAAUCCUAAAAUUGGUUAUGACAAUGCUGCAGCAGUUGCCAAGCUAGCUCAUAAGGAAGGAAGUACUCUAAAGGAAUCUGCAUUAAAACUUCGAGUGCUUACCAGUGAAGAAUUCGAUAGCCUUGUGGUGCCUGAAAAAAUGAUUGGCCCUUCUGACUGAGAACUUACUUUCGUGAGACUUUCAGCAUCACGUCCAGGGUAUUUAUUUUGGUUUUUGCAACAUAUUGUAUCACUUGAUAGGGAAUAAUGACAAGUGGUGAUUCGACUUUGAUACAACUAAAAACAUAUUCUUUGAGGCUUUUCCUCGAGGCAGCUAGAUAGCUAGCAAGCCAAGUUUCUCUUUAUUUGUCAGAUAAGUAACAGCAGCUAUUGAUGGCGUUAAUAAUGGAAAGCCUCCCUCAUUUUGUAA